ACAUCGGGUAAAACCAACCCUGGCGUUUUCAAACUCCAGAACGGACGCUUCCAGAUCAAACAAUUCUUUUUCCUUUUUUAAUUAAUAUAUAUUUUUUUUUGGUUAGAGAUGUUCAAUACAGCUGUAGCUUAAUAUUCUUUGACAUUUCCUCCUUUGCAUCUCUUUCUCUCUCAACCCUAUUUCUUAUAAUCAUCGCCUAUAAAUGGUAUCUAUAUAAUUGAAGUCCCCUCAGCUCCUAGCUCCAACCCUUACAAACUGUCCAUUUUCGGGAAAUAUGGCUGCUUCUGAGGGAAGGCCAUUGGUGGAGGCAGUGGAACACAAGGAGGAUUUCUAUGAGCACCAAGAGCCAAGUGGAUGUGGGUAUGGAUGCUUUCAGGGUUUUGGGUUGAGUUGGUGUAGAAGCCAUGAAGAAGGUAAAGGCCUGGUGGAGCAGAAGGGCAAUUCGUGGCUGAGUUGCAAGUUGAGGAAGAUAAAGGAGUUUUCAGAAGUGAUUGCAGGCCCCAAGUGGAAAACAUUCAUCAGAAAGAUAAGCGGGUAUGGAAGGAAGCAGCAGCAGAAGAACAGGUUUCAGUAUGAUGAACACAGCUAUGCUCUCAACUUCAAUAGUGGGGAUAAGAGUGAAGAUGAUGACACGCCCCCCAGUUUCUCUGCUAGAUUUAGUGCUCCUUUUCCCUCUGCUCGUCGCCAAACUGAAUAAUGAUUUGUGCAUGCUCGUUUCUGAAGAGAAAAAGAAACAGGAAAUGUAGCAUGGUGACCCCACCCAUUCAAUUACAGGCCGAAUGUUGACUAAAAUAAUUCUCUUUCUUGAAACAAAAUGGAGGAUGGGGGUGGAGACAGGAAUGAUGUGAUCAUAAGAAAAAGUUUUGAAUAGAUGUAGUAUUCAGGGAGGAAACGUGUUCUAAUCAAAGACGUUGAAAGCAAUCCAUUCUUUCAUUUCUUUUC